AUGAGGCAUAGAGUCACUUUCAUCCAUUCCAAAUCCUCAGAGGAGAAGGUCGUGAACACAAUCAAUGAUACCUAUGUGGGUCUUAAAGAAGACAUGGACGUCGCUCGUGAGGAUCGCUUUACAUUUCCCGCCCCAGAAUUCAAGAACGUGAAGUCGCUACGUUUGCAAGUCAACAAGGGUUACGACAACUCGCGUGUCACACUGCCGUUUUCAUAUCCUUACCAGAUCGGGCUGCAUUUCUAUGUGAAGCCGCUUGUGAUUUCUUCUGUAAAGGAGAGAGAGGAGUUCUACGAAAACAGUGCUAAGUUAAUUAAAGAUUACUUCGGUGUUGAGCCAGAUGUUCAGACCUGGAUUCCUUCUCUCAGUGCUCUUUACUUCCAUGUACAAGAGCCAUUGGCAAUGGCCUUCAAGAACGUCGAACCAAGCUUAGCUGAUGCGAAUGGAGAUUGGUCUUGCUUAGAUUACCAUUCUAGCGACGGGACGUCAUCAUUGAAGCUCUUUUACCCAGAUGCGAAGGAGAGAAUCGUCGAUGUAAGCAAUACAUCAGACUUCACGGAAGUAGGAAUCUUUGCCAUUGACUCACCUUCUUCAAGAGACAACAUCAUUCUCUCUGGUGCCAGGGUGGUCAUGAACGACGAGCCCGAUCAGGAUUUGGUCCAGAGGACACUUUUCCACGUCAAACCAAGACACAGGUAUCUCGAGCCAAUUGAUCUUUCUUACAAGCCAAAUGGAUUGCACCCGGUUAUCUCCUUUGGUGAUGCUCCCGAACACCUAGUGGACGAGGAUAUUAAGAAUUGCAUCCUAUACUCAUACUACACCCUCGAGAAGUCGAUAUUCCUCGAUCCAUAUCAGAUUCCCCCAGGUUUUGAUAUCCUUGCAAACUAUGGUACAAAAGAUUUGGAAUUACCUGAGUAUUCCAUCAACCAGUGGGGAAACGAGGUUUUAGUGGAGCAUAAAGAUACUACUAGUUUCCCUUUCGACCUCACAUUGCACACUCGUUACCAGGUACCGGAUGCCGAACAACAUAAACACACAGCUCUCGAUAAGCCUGUUGUGUUCUACGCUUGCGAAGCUCUCGUUGACCCAUAUCUCUUGAACAAUUCUCCGUUCGAUAACAAGAGGGCACCAGGAGGAAGUUUCGAAAAGUUCUUCACUGAUGACACCAUUUUCUACCAUGCCCUGAAGCAUGGGUACUUUGAUGUUGACAUCCCGAGGGCCACUUUUGAUGCAAAUGCAACAAAUAUCGUGACAUUACUUUCACUUCUUUUGGGAGUCUCAAUUAUCUUUUACAAAGUCUUCAGAAAAGUGUCCUCACAGAAGACUCCAAACUUGAAAAAGACAGAAUAA